AUGAACCCCCAUGCAAAACUAAUCUGCACAGUAAGCCUCAUCAUGGGAACCAGCAUCACAAUCUCCAGCAACCAUUGAAUCUUAGCCUGAACAGGCUUAGAGAUCAACACCUUAGCCAUCAUCCCCCUCAUCUCCAAGUCACACCACCCCCGAGCGAUUGAAGCCACUAUCAAAUAUUUCCUCACCCAAUCAACUGCAUCAGCCCUAAUCCUCUUCUCGAGCAUAACCAACGCCUGAUCCACCGGACAAUGAGACAUUACACAACUAAACCACCCGACAUCAUGCCUAAUAUUAACAAUAGCAAUCGCAAUCAAAUUAGGACUAGUCCCAUUCCACUUCUGAUUCCCAGAAGUACUCCAAGGCUCCUCCCUAAUCACUGCCCUACUACUCUCCACCCUAAUAAAACUCCCCCCAAUCACACUCCUCCUCCUAACAUCACAGUCUCUUAAUACCACCUUACUCACCCUCCUAGCAAUCUCCUCCACCCUAAUCGGAGGCUGAAUGGGCCUAAACCAAACACAAACACGAAAAAUCCUAGCCUUCUCAUCCAUCUCCCAUUUAGGAUGAAUAAUUAUAAUUAUCUCCUAUAACCCACAACUCACUAUUCUCACCUUCAUCCUCUACACAAUUAUGACCUCAACUGUAUUCCUAUCCCUAGCCCAAAUCAAAGUCCUAAAACUGUCAACAAUACUCAUCUCAUGAACUAAAACCCCAAUACUAAAUGCAACUGUAAUACUAACCCUCCUCUCCCUAGCUGGCCUCCCACCAUUAACCGGCUUCAUGCCAAAAUGACUCAUUAUCCAAGAACUAACCAAACAAGAAAUAACCCCAAUAGCCACAAUCAUCACAAUACUAUCACUCCUAAGCCUAUUCUUCUACCUCCGACUUGCAUACCACUCAACAAUCACACUCCCCCCCAACUCAUCAAACCACAUAAAACUCUGACGAACUAACAAAACCCUAAACACCCCCACCGCCAUUCUAACUGCGCUAUCAACCACCCUAUUGCCCCUUUCCCCCCUAAUUAUUACCAUACUAU